CAUGGCGGCGCCCAUGGAGGAACCGGCCUCGACUUCCGGCUGGCUUUGAGCAGAGCCCUUCCUUCCCUCCCUCCCGUCUCGCUGUCACCGCUGCCACGCCCUUUUCUCCUCCGAAGAGCGAGCGUGGUCCUGGAUGGCGAGGGAGAGGCUGCUCUCUGGACGCCCCAGGUUGCGCUGCACAGGUAUCUACUGCACCAAAACCAUUCCCAGAGCUCCCUUUGCAACUUUGAACCACGUUUUGCUGGAGUAAAAGCACUGCUGAGUCCCAACAUCUGAGAAUGUCCCAGGACCAAGACAUGCCGGGUUCAAGUGAGGGAAAACCAGACAAGUUGGAAGAUAACCAGCAGGAAAACGCAGAAAACUCAGAACAGUCAGUCAGGAAGAAGAUCCGGCAGAAUCCCCCAACUCCUAGCAGAGGCGAUACCCUGGAGCCGAGCCCCCCCCAGUUUGUAUCAAUGGAGGAAUUGAUGGAAACUGCAAAAGGUGUUACCAAUAUGGUGUUGGCCCAUGAGAUUGUUGUCAAUGGAGGCUUCCAGAUUAAGCCAUCUGAUUUGCCAGAAAACAGCCUCGAAAAACGAGUGAGAGAUAUUGUCCACAAGGCCUUUUGGGAUUGUUUGGAAACCCAGUUAAAAGAAGACCCGCCAUCGUAUGAUCAUGCAAUUAAACUUGUGGGAGAAAUCAAAGAGACACUCCUGUCUUUUUUGCUGCCUGGGCAUACUAGAUUAAGAAAUCAGAUUACAGAGGCUCUAGAUCUAGAACUGAUCAAGCAGGAGGCUGAGAAUGGCGCGCUUGACAUUUCUAAGCUGGUUGAAUUCAUCAUUGGGAUGAUGGGGACCCUCUGCGCUCCAGCCAGAGAUGAGGAAAUUAAGAAGCUGAAAGACAUUCAUGAAAUUGUUCCCUUAUUCAGAGCAAUUUUCUCCGUGUUGGACUUGAUGAAAAUGGACAUGGCCAACUUUGCUGUUAGUAGCAUUAGGCCACAUUUAAUGCAGCAGUCGGUUGAAUAUGAAAGGAAGAAGUUUCAGGAACUAUAUGAGAAACAGUCAAACUCCUUAGACUUUGUUACUGCAUGGCUGCAAGAAGCUGCAGAUGACUUGAGGUCCAGAGCUGCUCUUGCCGUGGAUGAUGGUGCCACGUCUUCCAGUGGAGCUGCUGCCCUGUGCCCUGUUGCCAUACAGAACCAUGCCUACCUUAAGCUGCUCAAGUGGAACCAUUUACAGAAGCCUUUUCCAGAGACUGUGCUAAUGGACCAAAGCCGAUUCCAGGAAAUGCAGUUGGAUCUGGACCAGCUUAUUUUAACCGGGGCUGUUCUUCUGGUAACGUUAAGUGCUGCGGGCACCGCUCUUUCUGGGUUGCCAGGCUUUUCUGACAAGCUGAAAAUGGUCAUCCGAGUGCUGUUGACGGGGCUGCACCUUCCCUCCUUCAACCUGAAUGAAGCUUUGGCUAUCCUAAGUGAAAAGAUUUGUGCUGAAGUUAAUAGUAGUCUUUCCCAACAUGGAUACACACCUUUCACGGCGGAGAAAGAGACUGUACUUAAAGGACAGAUUCUGGCCCUGGCCAGUCCUGAUAACUCUGUUUGCAAACUAAUAGAUUCAAGGAUCCAGUCCUAUCUGGAGAGUUACCUUGCUUCCGGCCACCAAAAAUCCCUUCCUGCGGUUCCAGGGGGAUUGAGCCCUGUUCAGAAAGAGCUGGAGGAAAUUGCUGUCAAGUACGUCCGCCUUGUCAACUACAACAAGAUGGUCUUCAGUCCUUACUAUGAUGCGGUCCUCAACAAAAUACUGAAUAAAGAUGAGUCGCCUAAGCUGUGUGGUUAAACCAAGACAUGCAAAAUUGAAUGCUUUUGUACAAGAUCCUCAGCAGUUGGGAUUAAAUCCAAAACAAGACAGUAGAAGGAUGCAUACCUAUAUUAAUAGUUGUGUUUGUCAAAAUUGUCAAGAGUUGCAAAGCAGAAGGGUCUCUCAUUAUGUGUUGGGCAUCUCCACAUUCAGAUUUGUCACCGCCUUUUCCCUUCUACCCAAAGAUUCAUGCUAAAGUCCAGAAGCUUCCAAGCGGGACAGAUAAAGUUAGGAACUUUGGGAGGAGAAGGGAGCAGGUGAGGUGGAAUGACAUGAAUUGUAUUAUUUCUCUCCCUGCUCCCUGAGUUUAUUAGGGCUCAGAGGACUUUAUUCAGGAGCUCCUGACAAUACCAGUGUGCUGUUGGAAUGGUGUGGAAAUUGCAUCACGCUCCCUGCCCUAUUUCUUUGGACUGUUUUUGUGGAGGGGAGAGGUGUGGGAAGACUUCCUCUCGCCUUUCUCCUUGUGCAGUUGUCUUGUUUUAUUGUGUCACAGGAGGUCUAUCUAAGGAAGCCUGCUUCUGUACAUGAAAUAGUAUUAUUGGAUCAAAGUGGUUAACUUUUCUCUAUAGGAAAAAACCCCACUUUUCCAAAAUAGGUUUCCUGUCAAACAUUUCAGUCAUUAAAUAGCAUGAGUGCAGAAUGGAUCCUCCAGUGAUACACACAAAAAUACAUGAAAUACUCCAGCUUCUUCUCUAACUCAAAAGCUAGAGCUAGUGGUGAAAUAUGGCCACCUGUAAAAGCAGGAUUAUAGCUGGUGAAAACAUUCUGUCAGCAUGUGCUUUGAGGCAAAAAGUUAGUAAAUGCCUCUUUUUCUAGACCAAGUUACAUGGUUCUUAACAUCUACUCUAACAACUGUAACAGUAACUUGAAAGUUUCAGCAUGGUCAAAACCUGGAUACUGGUAGAUAAAGCACUUUAUACGUAGCCUGCAAGCCAAGGCUCUUAGUCAACCUGCCAGCUGUGGCUUUUUCUAUAGCCUUUGUUUCUCUACCCUGCAGAUAUUCUACCAAAAACAUAUAUAAACUAUAUUUUUUUAGAGUAUUUUCUGGUUCUUUGGUACUUCAGAAUUCACAAGAGCUUCUGUAGAUUCAAGGUGGAGUUUCAAAAGUGUGAAAAGAAAAUCUCUUUUGAGAAGAGAUGUGGUUUUAAAAAUAAUCGCUGAUAGCAUGCAAUGCUAAUAUAAACAAGGUGCCCUUCCACACAGCCCUAUUUCCCAGAAUAUCAAGGCAGAAAAUCCCACAAUAUCUGCUUUGAACUGUGUUAUCUGAAUCCACACUCAAGAUAAUGUGGUAUUUUUUGACUUGGUAUUCUGGGAUAUAGGGCUGUGUUGAAUGGCCCAAGGAAAACUUUAUACCUGAAGGUGAUGAAUAAAUAAAUUGUGUGUAAGGCUCCAUAAAUGCCAAUGGGGAAGUGGAACACUUUUUAAAUGUCUCCCAUUGAAACCAGUUGGAUUAAGCCUGUUGAUCUAGAAUUACCAAAGUAAAAUAAAAUCCCUAUUUCUGAAUGAA